AUGACCAAAGGCACUAGAUGGGAGACAGAGAAUGGACAAAAGGGACUAGUCGAGACAGAGAAUAAAGUGAAGAAGAAGAAGAAGAAAAAAAAAGAAAAGAAAGAAAAGAAGAAAGAAGAAAGGAAGAGAGAGAAGAAAGACGAGGAAGAAAGAUGGAGACGGAAAGACGGUGAGCGAUAGACCUCGCCCAUAGGGCCCUUAUGUGCUAGCUUGAGAAGGCCCAUCUGGGAAGGUAGGAGAGACUCAUUGGGUUGAGUGUGUGGAGGAUCCAUUCGGAGUUGAUCUAGAUUGGGGAUUCAUUAACAGGAUAAACUAGAAUAUAAGAAAUAACCCAUCAGCAGAUGAAGAUGGUGGGGAAGUGAGAAGGCUACUGCCAGAGAGGAAAUGAGGUGGAUAUUUACGGUGGAGCCGCGUUUUCUUUUGGCUCCGAUUUUCCUUGCCGCCCCGUGGUGUUUUUGGGGCCUUCUGUAUCCCUCUUUUCGUCUCUCUCUCCCCUUUCUCUCUCUUCGUUUUCUCUCCCCUCUCGCUCCCCUUCCCCCCCUUUUUCUCCUUUCUCCUUUUUCUCUUUCCCCUUUUUCCCUUUUCCGCUUUUCCUCUCCCCCUUUUCCCCCCCCUUUUUUUUUCUCUUUUUUUUUUUUUUUUUUUUCCCCCCUUUUUUUCCUUUUUUUUUUCCCCUUCCUCUUUUUUUUUCUCCCUUUUCCCCUCCUUUUUCAAAAGAAGACAGAAAAGACGUGAGCGAUGACCUCCCCAAUGACACCCUAUAUAGUGCACUGCUUUAGACAGGGCCCAUGGCUUAGGGAUAGGGUAGGAAGAAGGACCCAUGGGAAGAGGAGGAUCAUAAUGAUGAGUUGAUGGUUGGAGAAGAUCAAUUAACAGGGAAGAAGCUAGAAUAUGAAGAGAAAUAAAAAAAACAAUGGACAGAGAAAAGAUGAGAUAGAAAGAUGGGGGAGAGAGGAAGGAAGAGAGUAGAAGGAAAAGAUGGGGGAAGAGAGAGGAGAGUGGAGGGGGAGAUAGGUGAGAAGUCGCGUUGCUUUGGCUGAUGGGUGGGGGUAUCGAGGUUCUUUGCGGCCGUGGGUGGAUGUGGCUCUGUAUUGUGCCCUUGCCAUUUGUGGGGCAAUCUUCUUCCACUGGUGCUCCGCUCUACUUGGGAGCGUCUCAUGCUACUCGCUAGUGACCUGUGGGCUACGCUCCCCGUUGCGCGCUUUCGUCCUCGUCUUGUUUGCGCUGUGCGACCAUGGCGCUUCGCUGCGUCGUGUUGUCUUAUGUCUUCGUUGAACUGAGCUCGAUCGCUAGCUACUUUUGAAUGUUGUAUGUUGGUUCUACUGUCGCCGCGCUCUCGCCGCUUUAGAUGAGCUCGGGGGCUCGUCCUUGGGCUCUCUCCUUUUUCCUGCUGCCCCGUUUCUCCUCGUCUGCUCUGUCGACUGUCGUCUCUAUUGAGGUAUGGGGAGAGAGAGAGAGAGAUGGUGGAGAGUGUGACUCAGUGUGCGUCUGCUGGGUGAGUAGCACUCUCAGCCCAUGAACACAUUUGCAUCAAAUUGUGUUGGUCUCUAAUAACGGACUCCUUUGAAACAUGUUUACUGUGCAUCAUGUUGUACAUGGACAUGAUCUUGUUCGUUAUACUGUUCAUAACAUUUUCAUUUUCAGCUUUAGAUUUGUUUGAUUUUAUGAAAGAACUGAAAUUGUGAAAUACUUUUAAAAAACGAAGUUGUAAGUGUUGUCUUGUCGUCGUGAAGCGUCUACUACCAGGCUUGGUUGGGGGUCAAUUCAGUUUCCAAUUCAGUCAAUUGAAAUUAAAUUCAUGAAUUGAAAAAAAAAUUGUCUGCAUUGUUUUCUAUGAGGAUUUUUCAAUUCCUGAAUUAGAAUUAGAAUUCACUUGCCCGAAUUGGCUGAAUUAAAAACUGUUCUGUUCUUCUUCUCUUUGUGCUAGAUAUCACGUCUAUGUUCCCUCCUGUUUGAAAACAUCACAUCACCUCUGUUGUCUUAUUUAGUCGUUUUCCAUGAUGUCUCUGUUCUGUGCCCUAAAUAACUCCCCCAUUCCCUAAAUAGUGCACUACUUCUGGACAGCGCUCUGGUCCAACGUAGUGCACUAUGUAGGGAAUAGUGUGCUAUUUAGGACACCGACUCUGUCUAAAUGCGCUGUGAUUGCUGUUUUUAAUAAUAAUAAUAAUAAUAAUAAUAAUAAUAGUAAUCUAAUUUCAAGCUAUUUCUUUCUUAUUUUUUUUUUCCAAUUAUUUAUAUCCUGGACAUGCAGGGUUUAUAAAGCAGCAUGAAAUUGCUGAAAAUACAAAAGUGUUCAUUUUAUUCUGGCAUUAACUUAAUUGCAUGUUUUAUCAGCUCAUAUAAACUAAAACAAAAGUUCAUUUGAAAUGUCAUUGCUCAUUGUCAAAGCAUUAUUGUUUUUAUUCAGAUUUCUAUGAUUCUAUAUGAUCCUAAUCAAAUUAAUUAUAAUGUCAUAUCGAUAAACAAAAUGGUGAACAAAAUUGUGAAUAAAAUGGUUAAAGCCUCUUAACAAUAUCAACAUGAGAUCCUUGUAGUUUGUUAUAUCAACUUAUCAAUUUUAUCGCAUCAGUUCUUCUUCAGUUGUUGCUCCAGUGUUACUUAGGUCAUGACGGUUCCUGACUGUCGUUGUAGUGUUGUCUCGCUACAAACACCAGGCCAUGGGCUCUGCUGCCAUCUAGGGAUGGGAGGUGGAGGUGGAUAUGUUCUGUCUACCACGGCACCCAAGCACCGACCAAUCCAUUCCUCACAGCAGCAACAGUAGAGAUGGUAGAAAAGAUGAUUGAGAGAAAGUAGACUAGCAGUAACUAGUAAUGGUAAAUUAUUAUAAUAGCGUAGUACAGUAUAUAGUAUUACUAUUAUUAUCUGAAGAAGAAAACGGGCCGGUGUGUUAGUCUCAGUCCAUCCCUUUUUAUGUCUUUAUAAACCCUGCAGUGAGUGAUCAUUAUUAUGUUUGCACAUUUAUUUACGUAAGUAUUCACACCCCUGAGACAAUACAUGUUAGAGUCGCCAGCGAUUACAGCUGUGAGUCUUUCUGGGUAAGUUUCUAAGAGCUUUACACACCUGGAUUGUACGAUAUUUGCACAUUGUUCUUUUCAGAAUUCUUCAAGCUCUGUCAAAUUGGUUGUUGAUCAUUGCUAGACAACCAUUUUCAAGUCUUGCCAUAGAUUUUCAAGCAGAUUUAAGUCAAAAUUGUAACUCUGCCAUUCAGGAACAUUCACUGUCUUCUUGGUAAGUAACUCCAGUGUAUAUUUGGCCUUGUGUUUUAGGUUAUUGCCCUUCUGAAAGGUGAAUUCCAUCUCCCAGUGUCUGGUGGAAAGCCGACUGAACCAGGUUUUCAUCUAGGAUUUUGCCUGUGUUAGUUCCAUUCCAUUUCUUUUUUUAUCCUGAAAAACUCCCCAGUGCUUAAUGAUUACAAGCAUACCCAAAACAUGAUGCAGCUACCACUAUGCUUGAAAAUAUGGAGAGUGGUACUGAGUAAUGUGUUGUAUUGGAUUUGCCCCAAACAUAACACUUUGUAUCAGUGGUGAACCGUGACUAUAGGACCUAGGCCUUCAGAGGGACCAAACAUCUUCCAAUACGUAGUAUCAAACCAAAAUAAAAUCAUGAAAAUAACAGAAAACAUAGCAUCACUUAAUGCGCCGACAUAUCUUCUGUAGUCGGGAACGUUGUCGUGAAGGAGGAGCAAUGCUUUUUGAUGACAUUAUGACUGAAUGAAAACAGGCCGCGCUUCGGGCUGCCGCACAUGGAGACAGAACCGGCAUGGACAGGAGACACAGCGUAACAUGGUAGCCUAAUAACACCACUAUCACCAAUAGCAACAACAGUGUCACCAAGGUGACAGGCUCAUGUUGCUGAAAGGACAGCGACCGUUAUACCUGUGCACUCCAAGGUACCGAAGAGGAGCCAGUUUUGGUCAAACACAGACACAGCUGGUAGACAGACGACAGCAGUCACGCACAGCAUCAAAUAAUGUUAAAGAAUAACCAGCCCAUUCACUCCAGCAGCCCACAUGAAAUCAUACCAAUACAAAAGCGCAACCAUUUCAUUUCCAAAAUGAAAUUAACAAACCAGCUAUUACUUCCCAUUAAAAAAUAUACAGUAGAAGUCAGAAGUUUACACUUAGGUUGGAGUCAUUAAAACUCGUUUUUCAACCACUCCACACUUUUCUUGUUAACAAACUAUAGUUUUGGCAAGUCGGUUAGGACAUCUACUUUGUGCAUGACACAAGUAAUUUUUCCAACAAUUGUUUACAGACAGAUUAUUUCACUUAUAAUUCACUGUAUCACAAUUCCAGUGGGUCAGAAGUUUACAUACACGAAGUUGACUGUGCCUUUAAACAGCUUGGAAAAUACCAGAAAAUGAUGUCAUGGCGCUUCCGAUAGGCUAAUUGACAUAAUUUGAGUCAAUUGGAGGUGCACCUGUGGAUGUAUUUCAAGGCAUACCUUCACACUCAGUGCCUCUUUGCUUGACAUCAUGGGAAAAUCAAAAGAAAUCAGCCAAGACAUCAGGAAAAAAUUGUAGACCUCCACAAGUCUGGUUAAUCCUUGGAAGCAAUUUCCAAACGCCUGUAGGUACCAUGUUCAUCUGUACAAACAAUAGUACGCAUAUCGACAUAACCUGAAAGGCUGCUGAGCAAGGAAGAAGCCACUGCUCCAAAACCGCCAUUAAAAAAGCCAGACUACGGUUUGCAACUGCACAUGGGGACAAAGAUCGUACUUUUUGGAGAAAUGUCCUCUGGUCUGAUUAAACAAAAAUAGAACUGUUUGGCCAUAAUGACCAUCGUUAUGUUUGGAGGAAAAAGGGGGUUGCUUGCAAGCUGAAGAACAUCAUCCCAACCGUGAAGCACGGGGUGGCAGCAUCAUGCUGUGGGGGACUGGUGUACUUCACAAAAUAGAUGGCAUCAUGAGGAAGGAAAAUGAUGUGGAUAUAUUGAAGCAACAUCUCAAGACAUCAGUCAGGAAGUUAAAGCUUGGUCGCAAAUGGGUCUUCCAAAUGGACAAUGACCCCAAGCAUACUUCCAAAGUUGUGGCAAAAUGGCUUAGGGACAACAAAGGUAAUGGAGUGGCCAUCACAAAGCCCUGACCUCAAUCCUAUAGAAAAUGUGUGGGCAGAACUGAAAAAGUGUGUGCGAGCAAGGAGGCCUACAAACCUGACUCAGUUACACCAGCUCUGUCAGGAGGAAUGGGCCAAAAUUUACCCAACGUAUUGUGGGAAGCUUGUGGAAGGCUACCUAAAAUGUUUGACCCAAGUUAAACAAUUUAAAGGCUAUGCUACCAAAUACUAAUUGAGUGUAUGUAAACUUCUGACCCACUGGGAAUGUGAUGAAAUAAAUAAAAGCUGAUAUAAAUAAUUCUCUAUACUAUUAUUCUGACAUUUCACAUUCUUAAAAUAAAGUGGUGAUCCUAACUGACCAAAGACAGGGAAUGUUUACUGGGAAUAAAUGUCAGGAAUUGUGAAAAACUGAGUUUAAAUGUAUUUGGGUAAGGUGUAUCCUAACUGUAUUUUAUCAUUUUUUUAUUUUUUUAUUUCACCUUUAUUUAACCAGGUAAGCCAGUUGAGAACAAGUUCUCAUUUACAACUGCGACCUGGCCAAGAUAAAGCAAAGCAGUGCGAUAAAAACAACAACACAGAGUUACAUAUGGGGUAAAAAACAUAAAGUCAAAAAUACAACAGAAAAUAUAUAUACAGUGUGUGCAAAUGUAGCAAGUUAUGGAGGUAAGGCAAUAAAUAGGCUAUAGUGCAAAAUAAUUACAAUACUAUUAACACUGGAAUGCUAGAUGUGCAAGAGAUGAUGUGCAAAUAGAGAUACUGGGGUGCAAAAGAGCAAAAUAAAUAACAAUAUAGGGAUGAGGUAGUUGGGUGGGCUAAUUUCAGAUGGGCUGUGUACAGGUGCAGUGAUCGGUAAGGUGCUCUGACAACUGAUGCUUAAAGUUAGUGAGGGAGAUAAGAGUCUCCAGCUUCAGAGAUUUUUGCAAUUCGUUCCAGUCAUUGGCAGCAGAGAACUGGAAGGAAUGGCGGCCAAAGGAGGUGUUGGCUUUGGGAAUGAGAUAUACCUGCUGGAGCGCAGACUACGGGUGGGUGCUGCUAUGGUGACCAAUGAGCUAAGAUAAGGCGGGGAUUUGCCUAGCAGUGAUUUAUAGAUGGCCUGGAGCCAGUGGGUUUGAUGACGAACAUGUAGUGAGGACCAGCCAACAAGAGCGUACAGGUCACAGUGGUGGGUAGCGUAUGGGGCUUUGGAGACAAAACGGAUGGCACUGUGAUAGACUACAUCCAAUUUGCUGAGUAGAGUGUUGGAGGCUAUUUUGUAAAUGACAUCGCCGAAGUCAAGGAUCGGUAGGAUAGUCAGUUUUACGAGGGCAUGUUUGGCAGCAUGAGUGAAGGAGGCUUUGUUGCGAAAUAGGAAGCUGAUUCUAGAUUUAACUUUGGAUUGGAGAUUCUUUAUGUGAGUCUGGAAGGAGAGUUUACAGUCUAACCAGACACCUAGGUAUUUGUAGUUGUCCACAUACUCUAGGUCAGACCCGUCAAGAGUGGUGAUUCUAGUCGGGUGGGCGGGUGCCAGCAGCGUUCGAUUGAAAAGCAUGCAUUUAGUUUUACUAGUGUUUAAGAGCAGUUGGAGGCUACUGAAGGAGUGUUGUAUGGCAUUGAAGCUCGUUUGGAGGUUUGUUAACACAGUGUCCAAUGAAGGGCCAGAUGUAUACAAAAUGGUGUCGUCUGCGUAGAGGUGGAUCUGAGAGUCACCAGCAGCAAGAGCGACAUCAUUGAUAUACACGGAGAAAAGUGUCGGCCCAAGAAUUGAACCCUGUGGCACCCCCAUAGAGACUGCCAUAGGUCCAGACAACAGGCCCUCCGAUUUGACACACUGAACUCUAUCUGAGAAGUAGUUGGUGAACCAGGCGAGGCAGUCAUUUGAGAAACCAAGGCUAUUUAGUCUGCCAAUAAGAAUGCGGUGGUUGACAGAGUCGAAAGCCUUGGCCAGGUCGAUGAAGACGGCUGCACAGUACUGUCUAUUAUCAAUCGCGGUUAUAAUAUCGUUUAGGACCUUGAGUGUGGCUGAAGUGCACCCAUGACCAGCUCGGAAACCGGAUUGCAUAGCGGAGAAGGUACGGUGGUAUUCGAAAUGUUCGGGGAUCUGUUUGUUAACUUGGCUUUCAAAUACUUUCGAAAGGCAGGGCAGGAUGGAUAUAGGUCUGUAGCAGUUUGGAUCUAGAGUGUCACCCCCUUUGAAGAGGGGGAUGACCGCGGCAGCUUUCCAAUCUCUGGGGAUCUCAGACGUUAUGAAAGAGAGGUUGAACAGACUAGUAAUAGGGGUUGCGACAAUUUCGGCGGCUAGAAAGAAAGGGUCCAGAUUGUCUAGCCCAGCUGAUUUGUAGGGGUCCAGAUUUUGCAGCUCUUUCAAAACGUCUGCUGUCUGAAUUUGUGUGAAGGAGAAGCGGGGGGGGCAUGGGCAAGUUUCAGCGGAGGGUGCAGAGUUGGUGGCCGGGGUAGUGGUAGCCAGAUGGAAAGCAUGGCCAGCUGUAGCAAAAUGCUUGUUGAAAUUCUCGAUUAUUGUAGAUUUAUCGGUGGUGAUAGUGUUUCCUAGCCUCAGUGCAGUGGGCAACUGGGAGGAAGUACUCUUAUUCUCCAUGGACUUUACAGUGUCCCAAAACUUUUUGGAGUUAGUGCUACAGGAUGCAAAUUUCUGUUUGAAAAAGUUUGCCUUUGCUUUCCUGACUGCUUGUGUAUAUUGGUUCCUAACUUCCCUGAAAAGUUGCAUAUCGCGGGGGCUAUUUGAUGCUAAUGCAGUACGCCACAGGAUGUUUUUGUGCUGGUCAAGGGCAGUCAAGUCUGAGGAGAACCAGGGGCUAUAUCGGUUCUUAGUUCUGUAUUUUUUGAAUGGGGCAUGUUUAUUUAAGAUUGAGAGGAAAUUACUUUUAAGGAACAACCAGGCAUCCUCUACUGACGGAAUGAGAUCUAUAUCCAUCCAGGAUACCUGGGCCAGGUCAAUUAGAAAGGCCUGCUCGCUAAAGUGUUUUAGGGAGCGUUUGACAGUGAUGAGGGGUGGUCGUUUGACCGCGGACCCGUUACGGACGCAGGCAAUAAGGCAGUGAUCGCUGAGAUCCUGGUUGAAGACAGCUGAGGUGUAUUUAGAGGGUAUGUUAGUCAGGAUGAUAUCUAUGAGGGUACCCAUGUUUACGGAUUUAGGGUUGUGCCUGGUAGGUUCGUUGAUAAUUUGCGUGAGGUUGAGGGCAUCUAGUUUGGAUUGUAGGAUGGCCGGGGUAUUAAGCAUAUCCCAAUUUAGGUCACCAAGCAGUACGAACUCUGAGGAUAAAUGGGGGGCAAUCAAUUCACAUAUGGUGUCCAGGGCACAUCUGGGGGCUGAGGGGGGUCUGUAGCAAGCGGCAACAGUGAGAGACUUAUUUCUGGAAAGGUGGAUUUUUAGAAGUAGAAGCUCAAACUGUUUGGGCACAGACCUGGAUAGUAUGAUAGAGCUCUGCAGGCUAUCUCUACAGUAGAUUGCAACUCCACCCCCUUUGGCAGUUCUAUCUAGACGGAAAAUGUUAUAGUUGGGGAUGGAAAUUUCAGAAUUUUUGGUGGCCUUCCUGAGCCAGGAUUCAGACACUGCUAGAACAUCAGGGUUGGCGGAGUGUGCUAACGCAGUGAAUAACUCAAACUUAGGAAGUAGACUUCUGAUGUUUACGUGCAAGAAACCAAGACUUUUGCGAUUACAGAAGUCAGCAAAUGAUAGCGCCUGGGGAGUAGGAGUGAUACUGAGGGCUGCAGGGCCUGGGUUAGCCUCUACAUCACCAGAGGAACAAAGGAGGACUAGAAUAAGGAUACGGCUAAAGGCUUUAAGAACUGGUCUUCUAGUGCGUCGGGUACAUAGAAUAAAGGGGGCAGAUUUCCGGGUGUUGUAGAAAAGAUUCAGGGCAUUAUGUACAGACAAGGAUAUGGAAGGAUAUGAGUAAAGUGGGGGUAAACCUAAGCGUUGGGUAACAAUGAAAGAGAUAGUAUCACUAGAGGCAUCAAUUGAGUCGGUCUCUGAGUGUAUGGGGGGAGGGACAAAAUAGCUAUCUAAGGCAGGUUUAGCUGGGCUGGGGGAUCUGCAGUGAAAUAGUACAAUUAGAAAUAACCGAAACAACAAUAAGCUAACCAUGUUUGGGCUGAGGCUAAACAUAAACAGGAUGUAGUACCGUAAAAAGGAACAGUCCAGCAGACAUCAGCUGUAUAGCUGAGUUAUCAUAAGGUCCGGUGAACAGCAAUAGGAGAGUUCGGAGGCUUCUAAAGCACUAGCAGGUAAGAGGCCACGGCUAGCGUGUGCUAGCGGGCCGGAGCUAGCAGAUGGAAUCUUCGUGGUCGACGUCGUCGCAACCACAUCAGACGAUUUCGUCGGCAGACCAGUCGUGUAGGAUCGGCGGGGCUCCGUGUCAACACUAGGUGGUCCCGUCCGGUUGACAGAGAGGUAGAUAGCCGGGAGAUGGGCCUAGCUCAGGAUGAUUAGCCAGACCACAGCGUCCAUUUAGUUGAAGCUAGCUGGUAGCGAUGAAUCCGGAGUUAAAGGUCCAGUGAUUCAGUGAUUCCGGCAGAAAACUGAUAUGUUCUGGGUCAAUAACGCGCUGUGCAGACUGGCCGAAUAUCCGGUGAUUAAUAUCCAGUGAUUGAAUUAAUCCCGCAGAAAAAAGUCCAAUGUUCUGGGUGAGAUACCGCUAACUGUGGCUAAUAGCAAGUAGCUAGUUAGCUGGCUAGCUGGCUAGCUAGUUUCAACUGGAGAUUCUAGAUAAAAGGUAAGUCAAUAAUAGAAUCCGUUCCACAUUGAGUGAGGCGGGUUGCAGGAAAGUAUAUUUUUUAGAAGGAUGAAAAGUCUGAUAGGGAAAUAUGUACGAAAAAUACAAAAAAACAGGGUAUUUACAGGCUAUUUACAGACACACGACAGAAACAGAACUGCACUACUUCGCCAUCUUGGAUACAAAAAAAACAUGUUCAUCACACUAACCAGUGAUCUAAAGUUUAAAUGCAACAAUGUUUCACAGUCAUUAUUUUCAAAGAGAUGCUAACUGCAAGCGAGCUGCAACAAAGAAACAGUGCCACUCACCAGAUGAUGAAUUGUAAACGUAGUUUGAAAGUUAAUCUUGAAAAGUGUGAUGCUAACAAAUUAGCAACAACAUCCACCUUGAAGUUGAUAACAGCUGCUGCAGCCGCCGUCCCCAGUUGCAUGAACAAUGGGGAUAUUUACAGCGAUUUCGAUGAGAACCUAUGACCACAUGCUCAAUUCAGGCUUGAUGCAAACUAGUGCCUGCUAAACAUUAUGUUUAGAUUGAUGAGGGAAAAAAAAACAAUUUAAUCCAUUUUAGAAUAAGGCUGUAACGUAACAUAAUGUAGAAAAAAGUCAAGAGAUCUGAAUACUUUCCGAAUGCACUGUAAAGCCAAGCGGGUGCACACAUAGGAGGUCCUGUGAAAUAAAUGUGGCCCCCCCCCCCUAUGGAAAUCAAAUGCCCAUCCAACUGAUUCGUUCUGGCGCCGGCCCUGAAUUUGUGGCAAUAUCGUCAUGAUCUAAAUGUGCAUUAUAGUAUUAUGUAUUCAUUGUGGUCAUACUUCUACAUUCUGUGAUGACCCUGGAUGACCCUGGAUGACCCUGGAUGACCCUGGAUGGCCCUGGAUGACCCUGUGGACCACAGUUGAGGUGGAUCACCCUAGAUGACCUUGGAUGACCCUGUGGACCACAGCUGAGGUGGAUCACCCUAGAUGACCCUGGAUGACCCUGUGGACCACAGCUGAGGUGGAUGACCCUGGAUGACCCUGGAUGACCCUGGAUGACCCUGUGAACCACAGUUGAUGUGAGAGAGGUGGAAUAAGGACAGACAGAGAUGCUCUGUAUAAUGUUUACCGGGAGAAGCCCCCCAGAGAGCAUUACAAAGGGAGAAGCCCCCCAGAGAGCAUUACAAAGGGAGAAGCCCCCCCAGAGCGCAUUACAAAGGGAGAAGCCCCCCCAGAGCGCAUUACAAAGGGAGAAGCCCCCCCAGAGCGCAUUACAAAGGGAGAAGCCCCCCCAGAGAGCAUUACAAAGGGAGAAGCCCCCCCAGAGAGCAUUACAAAGGGAGAAGCCCCCCCCUCAGAGAGCAUUACAAAGGGAGAAGCCCCCCCCCCUCAGAGAGCAUUACAAAGGGAGAAGCCCCCCCCAGAGAGAGCAUUACAAAGGGAGAAGCCCCCCCUCAGAGAGCAUUACAAAGGGAGAAGCCCCCCCAGAGAGAGCAUUACAAAGGGAGAAGCCCCCCCCCCCCCAGAGAGAGCAUUACAAAGGGAGAAGCCCCCCCCCACAGAGCGCGCACACACAUCCCUCACAUUACAAAGGGUAAGGUGCUUGACAGUGGUGUGGGGAAGGAGGGAUGUUGUUCCUGGGGCCUCUCAACCCCUCAACUAGUCAGCCAGAUGGUUGCUGCCCUCCCCUCUAUUCUUCUUCUUCUUCUUCUUCUUCUUCUUCUUAUUAUUAUUCUAUUAUAGCUGUUCUGUACCAUCAAAGGUACCACUGUUCUUCCUCUUUCCCUUGUCCACCUGUAUAACUGCAGAUAGAGCUGUAUUGACAAGAUGAAGUGGUGGUGGUCGGAACCAAGUUCACACUCCAUUCUAAGAUUAAUACUAAUGAAUGUAUCCGCCUUAGGAGACCUGCAUGAGACGUGCUCCCACAUCUGUCUCUGUGUUUGUGUGUGUGUGUGUGUGUGUGUGUGUGUGUGUGUGUGUGUGUGUGUGUGUGUGUGUGUGUCUGUGUGCGUGCGUGCGUGCGUGCGUGGACGUGUUUAACUAUACUUGUGGGGACCAGAAGUUCCCACAAGAAUAGUAAACCAAUAAAAAUUUGACCAACUGGGGACAUUUUGUUGGUCCCCACAAGGUAAAAUGCUAUUUCUAGGGGGUUAAGGAAAUAAUUAGUGUUACGGUUAGAAUUAGGUUUAGGGUUAGGGUUAAGAUUAGGUUUUUGGGUUAAGGUUAGGGUUAGGGUUAGGGUUAAGGUUAGGGUAUGGGUUAGGUUUAGGUUUAGGGUUAGGGUUAGGGGUUAGGGAAAAUAUAAUUUUGAAUAGGACUGAAUUGUAUGUCCCCACAAGGUUAGCUGCGCAAGACUGUGUGUGUGUGUGUGUGUGUGCGUGUGACAGAGAGAGAGAGAGAGAGAGAGAGAGAGAGAGAGAGAGAGAGAGAGAGAGAGAGAGAGAGAGAGAGAGAGAGAGAGAGAGAGAGAGAGACAGAGAGACAGAGAGACAGAGAGAGAGAUACCAAUUAGGAUCUGGCUAAAAAUACUUGAAUCAGUUAUAGAACCCAUUGCCCUUUAUGGUUGUGAGGUUUGGGGUCUGCUCACCAACCAAGAAUUCACAAAAUGGGACAAACACCAAAUUGAGACUCUGCAUGCAGAAUUCUGCAAAAAUAUCCUGUGUUUUUAUUUUUUAUUUAACCCGGCAAGUCAGUUAAGAACAAAUUCUUAUUUACAAUGACGGCCUACCCCAGCCAAACCCGGACGACGCUGGGCCACUUGUGCGCCGCCCUAUGGGACUCCCAAUCACGGCCGGGUUGUGAUACAGCCUGGAAUUGAACCAGGGUCUGUAGUGCUGCCUCUAGCACUGAGGUGCAGUGCCUUAGACCGCUGCGCCACUCGGGAGCCCGGGAGUGUAAAACGUAAAACACCAAAUAUUGCAUGCAGAGCAGAAUUAGGCCAAAACCCGCUAAUGAUCAAAAUCCAGAAAAGAGCUGAUUCCCAAACCUUCCAUAACAAAGCCAUCACCUACAGAGAGAUGAACCUAGAGCGUCCCCUCAGCAAGCUGGUCCUGGGGCUCUGUUCACAAUCACAAACAGACCCCACAGAGCCCCAGGACAACAACACAAUUAGACCCAACCAAAUCAUGAGAAAACAAAAAUAUAAUUACUUGACACAUUGGAAAGAAUUAACAAAAAAACAGAGCAAACUAGAAUGCUAUUUGGCCCCAAACAGAGAGUACACAGUGGCAGAAUACCUGACCACUGUGACUGACCCAAAAUUAAGGAAAGCUUUGACUAUGUACAGACUCAGUGAGCAUAGCCUUGCUAUUGAGAAAGGUCGCCGUAGGCAGACCUGGAUCUCAAGAGAAGACAGGCUAUGUGCACACUGCCCACAAAAUGAGGUGGAAACUGAGCUGCACUUCCUAACCUCCUGCCAAAUGUAUGACCAUAUUAGAGACACAUAUUUCCCUCCGAUUACAGAGACCUACGAAGAAUUCGAAAACAAACCCAAUUUUGAUAAACUCCCUUAUCUACUGGGUGAAAUACCACAGUGUGCCAUCACAGCAGCAAGAUUUGUGACCUGUUGCCACAAGAAAAAGGCAACCAGUGAAGAACAAACACCAUUGUAAAUACAACCCAUAUUUAUGUUUAUUUAUUUUCCCUUUUGUACUUUAACUAUUUGCACAUCGUUACAACACUGUAUAUAUACAUAAUAUGACAUUUGAAAUGUCUUUAUUCUUUUGGAACUUUUGUGAGUGUAAUAUUUACUGUUAAUAUUUAUUGUUUAUUUCACUUUUGUUUAAUAUCUAUUUCACUUUGGCAAAUUUCGCUUUGGCAACGUUAACAUAUGUUUCCCAUGCCAAUAAAGUCCUUUGAAUUGAAUUGAAAUUAAUUGAAUUGAGAGAGAGAGAGAGAGAGAGAGAGAGAGAGAGAGAGAGAGAGGAGAGAGAGAGAGAGAGAGAGAGAGAGAGAGAGAGAAACAAAUAAUAUAUAACUAAUAAUAAGCAACAUUGCCUGAGACCUGAAGAUUUGUGUUAGCUCUUCGAGUGAAUGCCAUAGGCUGACGCAGUCGUGUGACAAGCAAGAGACUUGGGUUCAGGCCCAGUUGGUCACAUCAUGUUGUUAGAGACAGCCAAGGGUAAAUAAUAGUAAGAUGACGUCUCACUAUUGGCGCACACAUAGACAGUUAGUUAAGCACGGCAGUCAAGCAGCGCGUUGGUUUACGGCAUGGAAAGUGAAUGGCACUAUUCUACAUUUUGGGGAAAUAAAUAGCGGCAAAAUACCAGCAUCAUAAAGGCAGACCAUAGCAGGCUUCCAAAAAACAAAAUAGCCCUAUUUCAUUGGAUGGUCUGGCUCUCCUUUACAUCCAAUAUUUAAAAAAAAAAAAACAUUUAUUUGAUCCUAUAUCGAAGUAUUUCUCUACCAGUGGAUGUUUGGUCCUGUCUGACCGUCGUGUCAGCUUUGUGUUAUGCGCUUCUGUCUUUUUCGUAUCAACACGCCAUCUACUACACAGUACACAGUGACGCAUAGCGCUGUUCCAGUCUCCUUCCCCCCACCGAGGGCUUUUCCGGUUGUGACUGCUCCCUCCCCCCGCGCCGCAAUUUCUCUUAUCAACGAGCAAGGCGGCCAGGAUGGAUAUUGUGAAUCAGGUAGGGGCUCUGAACAUCUAGAAACAUAACGGACAUUAACUGCUGUUUAAAUAUCAUCUGUAACAUGUACGCAUAAGCCGGUUAUGAGCGUUCUUAUAUAGUUAUCUGGGAUAUUAAGAAUUGUCCGGUAAAUCCGCGGAAAACCUUCCCUUUAUGAUGCAGUCGCCGUUUGUUGACUGAAAUACAGCACAUCCAUAAUUAUUGAGGGAGUGGGUGUUUAUGCGUUUCAUGUGUCAAAUUAGACACACUAUCUUGUGGCUGUGUCGGUUAACGGAUAAGUAUGUAAUGUUAUUGUUCAAUAUUAUGUCAAAAAAACAGCCAUUGGUGGACUAUGGAUGGUGAUAUGACGGUAUCUCCAUAAUAUAAAUGUACGCACAGAUAAAUUAUGGAACGAAAUAUAUUUGUCUAUCUGUCGUCCAAAUAUGUAUUUGCUCAUAUGCGUAAAAUAUACAUAUUUUUCUGCAAUCCUGCCAUUUAAAAAAAAGUAUUCUUAUAAAGCGGGCCUGGUAAAGGAUAUGUGCAGCUGUCAUUUCUGAGAUUGCAUUGUAAAAUGGCAGCUCACCUUUUUUUCCCUACAUGGCUGUAUAGACUAGUGACUCUAUCUGAUACAUCAUGUAGGCCUAUAGCAGGGCUAUUUCUCUCGAUAUUCGUUGGGUGAAUAUAAGAACUGAAUAAGUCGUUUAAGUAAAAUUACUGUUCAAUGCCCUUCAAGUGUUAAAACAUGAAAUGGUGUCUGUCUUGUCGUCGUAUUAAACAUCAUAUUUUCUUCUAUUUGGAUUCUCUCAUAAUGAAAACGAACGAAGCAAUUAAAUUAUACGUUUGAGUGGGUACCAAUCGGUAGUUAUUAUUGAUCAUUUUUCGCAUGACGAUGCUCGAGGUUUCUGACUGAGCAUCACUAGCUAUUACCUUAGGAGCUUAAAGCGUAAUGGUCUCCCGGUCGAUGAUAACCGCAGGCCAUGACAACGCGCAUUCACACCUUGCUCUCUGUACUCAAAUAUUUCGAUAUUUGGCCCAUCUGUGGUCAAAUAUUUAGGCUACAUGCCAUGUUUAAUAGCCGAUAUACAUUACAUUUACAUUUUAGUCAUUUAGCAGACGCUCCUAUCCAUAGCGACUUACAGUUAAGUGAGUGCGUACAUUUUCAUACUGGCCGCCCGUGGGAAUCGAACCCACAACCCUGGCGUUGCAAACGCCAUGCUCUACCAACUGAGCUCCAUCCCUGCCGGCCGUUCCCUCCCCUCCCCUACCCUGGACGACGCUGGCUAAUUGUGCGCCGCCCCAUGGGAUAUGUGGACAUUUUACAGGGAUUGUAUCCUGCCAUAUAAAAUCCAACAGAAGCAAAACAAAUAAUCCAAUCAUCAUGUUGUCUAUUUCAUUAAAGAUGCAGUGUCAAUCAUAGCACAGCCUCCUCCCCGAAUAAACUGUAUGUAUUUAUUGUAAUCUGGACACAUGAUGAGAAGGAAUGGGCCUACUAUUGAGAAUCACAUACAAUCAAUGUAAGGCUGUAGACAUAAUGCAGAUGAUGGUGAAAAAUAAACAAUGCAUGAGAAUGCAUUGAGUGUACAAAACAUUAAGAACACCUUCCUAAUAUUGAGUUGAAAGCGUUCCACAGGGAUGCUGGCCCCCAUGUUGACUCAAACGCUUCCCACAGUUGUGUCAAGUUGGCUGGUUGUCCUUUGGGUGGGGGACCAUUCUUGAUACACACGGGAAACUGUUGAGUGUGAAAAACCCAGCAGCGUUGCAGUUCUUGACACACUCAAACCGGUGCGCCUGACACCCACUACCAUACCCCGUUCAAAGGCACUUAAAUAUUUUGUCUUGCCUUUCCCAUUCACCCUCUGAAUGACACACAUACACAAUCCAUGUCUCAAUUGUCUCAAGGCUUAAAAUCCUUCUUUAACCUGUCUCCUCCCCUUCAUCUACACUGAUUGAAGUGGAUUUAACAAGUGACAUCAAUAAGGGAUCAUAGCUUUCACGUGGAUUCACCUGGUCAGUCUAUGUCAUGGAAAGAGCAGGUCUUCAUAAUGUUUUGUCCAGUCAGUGUAUUACCUUCUGAUGUGUUCAUAAUGUUUUGUCCAGUCAGUGUAUUACCUUCUGAUGUGUUCAUAAUGUUUUGUCCAGUCAGUGUAUUACCUUCAUCCCCACUCUGAUGUGUUCAUAAUGUUUUGUCCAGUCAGUGUAUUACCUUCUGAUGUGUUCAUAAUGUUUUGUCCAGUCAGUGUAUUACCUUCUGAUGUGUUCAUAAUGUUUUGUCCAGUCAGUGUAUUACCUUCAUCCCCACUCUGAUGUGUUCAUAAUGUUUUGUCCAGUCAGUGUAUUACCUUCAUGAUAACAUGCUGUAAUGAUAAUAGACAUUUCAUUAGUCCCACGUCUUUACUAUGGAUGAUGAUGUGGGUGGGUGAAUAAUUAUUUAAUCAUAGGAAAACAAUGAUUACCAGUGGUCUGUUGCUACCAUAUAGAGAGACACCAUUUCAUAUUUACUCACUUAGCAGACUUACAGUUAGUGAGUGCAUACAUUUUUUUAAUUAUUUUUUUCAUACUGGCCCCCCGUGGGAAUCGAACCCACAACCCUGCCGUUGCAAGCGCCAUGCUCUACCAACUGAGCUACACAUGGCCCUAUAUGAUAUAAAGACAGAUACACCGUUAUGAGAAACAUCAUAUGGGGUUAAUAAUCAGGCGUUCUCUCGCUACACAGAAAUACUGUUGAGAAUCAUAUACUGUCACUUUACAUCUGUAGACCUAUAGAGAUGAGAGUGAGCGUUUUUACUGUGAUGAUGUCAUUGGAAACAUUUAUCUUCCUCUAUCUUUUUGACCACAAAACGUAGAAAAAAAACACGCCAUUAUUACAUAUGUUGUUUUUGGGGUGGUGCUGGAGAUGAUGAAUAUAGUGACAUUUCUCUUUAACAGGUUGCAAUGCUAAUAGACAUUUGAUUAGACCCACUAAUGUCUGUAUCGUUUGAGUAGUCCUAUAUUAAUACAGUUUUUCGUUACUUCUUCUGCUUCAUUAUUAUAUUACACCAAUCAACAACGCAUGGCUCUUUCGAUAUGAUUUGGAAUCAUAGUUAUUUAUUUUCUUCUCCAGUUGGUCGCGGGCGGACAGUUCAGAGUCCUCAAAGUUCCCCUGGGCUUUAUCAAAGCUC